AUGCCCCUUUUACAGUUACAACCGCAUUUGUUUGUCUCUCUUCCGGCACAUUCAUCCCUCCAAAACAAUGAUACCCGCCCGGAGCUCCAAUCAUACAUCCGUACCGCCCUGCAGGAAGCUCUCAAGCUUCUCCACUCCGUCCCCUCAUCAUUCACAGCAGAUCCCAAGCUGCGUUCCUCGUCGCCAUCUGAAGCAAAAGUGAAGCUCCUGCGCAACUGGCGCAAGCUUCCAGAAGAUGUCAACAAGAAAAGUAACAAACCUGAGUUCUGGGUAUGUCGGCAAAGCGAACAUGUCGAUGCCGAAGCUAAGGGAACUGCAUCAUGGAGUGAGUUUGAGACCGGGUUAAGAUCUAAUCAUGCAGAACACGAGAUGGAUUAUACACCAAGUGUCACUGGAGUCGAAAGGCUGCUUCAAUGGUCGAGAAACGAGACAGGAGAGGUCGAAGUUGAUGGGCUUGUUUUCAAGGACGUGGAUGUUGAAAUUAAUCUGAUAACUCACACUUUCCAUCCGGGUGCCCUCAUCGCUCCCCGCAGCUUCAUUUCUUUGACGAUCUCUGCUGCAUACGAUAAUCCACAACUGGCUCAAGGAGCUCCGUCCAAAGGCUUCGUUACAGUCCAGAUUCCCCUGCAGUCAAAUCCAUCAUCUACGCCAGAUGACCUGCACCAAAAGAUUGUCUCUGCUGUCCCGAAACGGACCAUCUUCGCCAACUACGCGAGUGUAGAGCAAGUUAACCUUCUGCCCCCGGGAGACAAUGGCCCCAGUCGCAUUGAGUGGACGAUGGCAACGACUUCCGAUGCAGGGGGGUCGAUUCCGCAAUGGGUUCAGCGAAACUGGACAAUGGGCGGAGUGCCGCGCGCUGUGGUAGCUGAUGUGGGAUUGUUCAUCGGAUGGACUAUGCGUCGCCGGACUGCUGGAUCUGUGUAG